AUGAAGAGUGUUCUUUUGUCGGGUUUUGCAGUCGCUGGUGCAGUCAGUCUUGCCGUCUCAGCUACUCAGUGCGAUCUGAAAAGUAUAAAAAACACUUUGUUGUCUAAUUCAACUAUCAAAGCAAAACUGGAUCCUGCGCAAAUAAAGUGCAGUGAAGACUCUGGAAUUGACAUGUUUGCAAUCACGGAAUUCCCGUCGAAGGAGACAGCACUUGAAAUUCAGCAGAGCGACAAAGGUUGUAAUAUUCUCAUCAACCUCAUCAACGGCUACACCAAUAUCAACACGCAAUGCACCAUUCAGAUAAAUGGGACCACCGUGACGUAUGGAAGGUUGAUCAGUGACUUUCUUGAUGGAAAGACUGGGAAUGAGACUGAUUCUGUUAGCUCUUCUGGAAGUGAGAGCGAGUCUUCUAGCUCAGCAUCCACGUUUGGAAACAGUGGGAACUCUUCGUCAUUGCCCUCCACAUCCGGUGCAUCAACCUUGUCGCUGUCUUUGGUGACUUAUGGAGUCAUUGCUGCUAUCACGGCAACCACGUGCUACACAAGCGAGUACGUUUAA